GGGCCCGCCCUCCUUCCCUCCCACCCUCCCCCGGCCGGCGCGGCCCGCCCUGGCGAGUCAGUCCUCGGGUUCCCUCCCUCCCCGGGCGCGCUCGGGCCGCCGCUGCGCUCCCCGCCCUCCAGCCGCCUUGCCGGAGCCGCCCGCUGCCGGAGGAGGAGGUGGAGGAGCCGCAGGGGCCCGCCGAGGCGGCGGCGGCGGCAAGAUGGCGGACUUCCUGCCGUCGCGCUCCGUGCUGUCCGUGUGCUUCCCGGGCUGCGUGCUGACGAACGGCGAGGCCGAGCAGCAGCGCAAGUCCAAGGAGAUCGACAAAUGCCUGUCGCGGGAGAAGACCUACGUGAAGCGGCUGGUGAAGAUCCUGCUGCUGGGCGCGGGCGAGAGCGGCAAGUCCACCUUCCUGAAGCAGAUGCGGAUCAUCCACGGCCAGGACUUCGACCAGCGCGCGCGCGAGGAGUUCCGCCCCACCAUCUACAGCAACGUGGUCAAAGGUAUGAGGGUGCUGGUGGACGCGAGGGAGAAGCUUCAUAUUCCCUGGGGAGAUGACAAAAACCAGCUCCACGGAGACAAGUUGAUGGCAUUUGAUACCCGUGCCCCCAUGGCUGCUCAGGGCAUGGUGGAGACUCGGGUGUUCCUGCAGUACCUUCCUGCCAUCAGAGCCUUAUGGGAGGACAGUGGCAUUCAGAAUGCCUACGACCGGCGCCGGGAAUUCCAGCUGGGUGAGUCUGUAAAGUAUUUCCUGGAUAACUUGGAUAAACUUGGAGUACCGGAUUACAUCCCAUCCCAGCAAGACAUCCUGCUGGCCAGGAGGCCCACCAAAGGCAUCCACGAGUACGACUUUGAAAUUAAGAAUGUUCCUUUCAAAAUGGUUGACGUGGGUGGCCAGAGAUCAGAACGGAAACGUUGGUUUGAAUGCUUUGACAGUGUGACAUCAAUACUUUUCCUUGUUUCUUCAAGCGAAUUUGACCAGGUGCUCAUGGAGGAUCGCCUGACCAAUCGCCUUACAGAAUCUCUGAACAUUUUUGAAACAAUUGUCAAUAAUCGGGUUUUCAGCAAUGUCUCUAUAAUUCUCUUCUUAAACAAGACAGACUUGCUUGAGGAGAAAGUGCAAGUUGUAAGCAUCAAAGACUACUUCCUAGAAUUUGAGGGGGACCCACACUGCUUAAGAGACGUCCAAAAGUUUCUGGUGGAAUGCUUCCGGGGGAAACGCCGGGACCAGCAGCAGAGGCCGCUCUACCACCACUUCACCACCGCCAUCAACACAGAGAACAUCCGCCUUGUGUUCCGAGAUGUGAAGGACACAAUCCUUCACGACAACCUCAAACAGCUUAUGCUCCAGUGAUGACAGGACUUAUGUUUCAACACCUUGUUGUGAUUUCCAUUGUCUCCUGUUUGUCUUGUUUUUCUCUUUAACUUGCAGUUUACAACAGCAGUUAGAAUCUCAAUUCUGUGUCUAACUUCUUGGAACUCUUAGUCCAUCCGUGGCCUUUAGUUUGUGGCUGACAGCUGCUGAAUUAACACAUUGCCAAUAUCUGCUGGAAUUCGGGCUUUGAUCGGUUUCACCGUCCAGUGGUAACUUCCUGGCAACCUCAUACUAGAUGGACUUCAGGCUUCAAUUCUUCUGCUUGCAAACUGAAGUCUCCUAAUUCUCCUGCAGUGCCAAGAAUAGGUCAUGUCCUUAAGUACUUGUAGGGAUGAGAUUAUGAAAAUUGAGUUCUAGAAAGAGAGUGCCUUACCCAGCAGUGACAUGCCUAGCUAGGGCGAGCCCUGGUCUGGAAGGACUGCUAGAGAAGAGGUUUAAGGAACAGCAGUUCCAGCCUUCAGAGGCUUAGCCUCUUACACACACAGCAGUAGUUUGUUUGUUCCUCUCAAUUCCUUUAAUUUCUGAAGGUAAUGUCUUAGUGUUUUAAGUUUACAAUAUGGAUUUCAGCCUGAGGCUGAUGCGGUCAUAAAUGGUACAUGUGCUAUGUUGAUCUGUGGUGACCAGUAGUGACAUGCAGUUUCCUUUGCCAUACAUGCUGUCACUAACUCGAUGUGCCAUGUUAGAGACUCGCUGGCCACAGCAACAACUAGAAAGGGCAAGCACCUUGGUGACAGAAAUCAACAUGGCGGCUCCAGAGUGCCGAGGGGGUGACUUUUCAAUCCUGACUCAUUGGGUUUUGUGCCUUGCUGGAGGGAAUCGCUGUCUUAUUCCUUUAGCCACUGUCUGAACCUCAGCGACUCUGAACUGUGGCACUCCCGGGGUUCUCUUGUCCCCGAGAGCUUGGUGGGCGGUAUUUCCUUGUGAACUGUUCAAGAAGGCGUCCUUUCAGUCCUGUUCAUGGCUAGUGCCUCUCUGUGAUAUAGUUUGUACGUGUUGUGUGUGUCGUCGUGUGUGAGACAGCAGCUUCAUUGAGGUACAUUUGAAUCUCCUAAGAAUGCAUCUAAGGAUAAGUAAUUUUUUUGGCCCAUAUUUAAGGAGGUUUGCCACACACACACACACACACACACACACACACCACUGCUAAGUUAAACUGUGCCCAUGAAGUAGCUUAUGAUUAAAUAUAGUGACUGGUGUACUAAACCAUUUGUCAUGUCCAACUGGCCUGUGAGUUUGUAGAACCUGAGCUUGUCCCUGCUUCCCUGGGGGGUACACGAGGGCAGCGAUGCCCUGUUGUUUUACCGUGUGACUGUUCCCAGGCAAGAAAUGGGGCCCUGGAAGAUUGGCCCGUAGGCAGUGGCUUUCCUUUUUCCCUGCUGGCGGGGCGGUGCGAGAGCUAGGCCUCGUGUGUUCUUGAGAGACAUGACUCAUCUUGGGUUUGAGCUUUCACUGUCGUUCUAGUUAUAAAGCCUAGUGCUUUCUUGCCUUGGUCAUAUCAUGAGCUUGAGACAUGUAAGCCAGUAUCACACUGCAGGUAUUGUUAGCAUGAUUUAUGGAUAUUUGAAUGGUCCUACAUCUGGUCCUUUUUUGCCAAAAAAGAAUCUAUCAUUUAAAUUCAUGGAGUUUGAAUAACUCCAGUGCAGCUGAGCGUGUGCAUAGUCACACGUGUUCUGUGUUAACCUAGCAAACGUUACUGUGCAUUGGCCACAACUAACUGCAGUGAAGGCAGAAGUCAGUCCCCCCAGAAAGCAGCUGUGUCUAGUCACAUUUAAGCUCUGUGAUGAGCACAGAAAUCCUGCCUGACAGAGCAGGAUCUCUGACUUCCUCCAUUGUGACCAUUACCCAGAAAGGACAAGAGCUCCCUGCUAGAGACAGCAUCCUUCCCGGCACCUGCAGCUGCCUUCUGAAGCAGGCAGCAUCUCUGAACCCAGUGCAGUCUAGAUACAGAACUGUAAAAAAGCCAUGGUCCACAUUUGCAGUCUGACACCUACACCCUGAAAGGCAGGUCCUUCUGUGAAGUGAAAUACUGUUGUGUGGAGAGGGAGAUGCAAUUUAGCCAACAGGAUUGAAAAGGUGCUCAGCCCUCAGUGUGCUGACUCCUCCCCCACCCCCCAAUCCCUGAUCCAUGCCUGGGAGUUGAGGCUCUGUGGGGCAUUGGUCUGCAUGUCUGGGGUGUGUGGAGUGACUGUGCCUAAUCAAGACUCCUCCUCCAUCCCCACAGCCUUCCUGCUUACUGACAAAGAACCACACAAGUGUCUUGGUUGACUUUGAAAUCUUUUUAUAUUUUACAAAGUUGCCUUAUAAAUAAAAAGACCAACACAGAUUUAGACCUUAAUUUUCUUUUUAAUGUGGAAAGGGCUUUGUUUCAUGUUUUCUUACAAUCCCAAUUCAAGAUGUGCCACCCAGAUAUCUGUAAUGGCCUGAGAAGGUGCUCUCUGCCAAAUGCUGUCCUAUUCAUUGGAAGCCUCUGUGUCAGUUUUUCUAUCUGGAAAGGAUACUUAAUAGCCAGAGGGAAGCGUCAGCCAAGCAAGACUGGGUGUCCUGAAGAGGAGCAUGCUGGGAUUUUUGUUUGUUUUCCCAUUGAAGUGCAUUGUGGGUACUUCACACCCAGAGUGUCCUCUGGUGAAGUCCUCAAGUUGGGAUUCAACAGGGAAAUGCUUGUUAAGUUAGUGGCAGCUGCUGCUUUAAAGUAAGAGAAAGUAAAACUACAUUAGUGCCAGAAGCGACAAGAAUUGUUAGAUCCAGCAAAAAGCAUGUGCCCUCUAGGUAACUCUUCCUUCCAGUGUUUGCGCCCAAAUUUUAAUGUCAUGUAUUUCUCAGUGUUGGUAUGCACAUCCGGUUAUGUCUCGUUUAUAUGAAGAACAAAAUGGCCAAGUUAUGUGGUUAUAUCCUGAGACUCAAGCUAUUUGGAAAACCCUCAAAUUGGUGCUUUCAUUAUUUAAUGAUACAUUUAGGCAAAACCCCAAACAAACCAUCUGAAACCUGAUUCCGGGUUGCAAUUUGUAGCGAUGUUAUUUUCCUCCUUUGAGAAGAUGAAAGCAUCAGUGUUAAUUUGAAUUUCCUGUAUGAACCCUUAACCCUACCUGUAAAGUCCAGUCAAACAUUUGUAAGAAACUCCCUAAUAAACCCAGAGAAAGCUGCGUUGUUACCCUUUCAUUUCUUUUACUUUUAUUUGAAAGAUGGAGAAUAAAGCUUUUCAGGUCCUUUUUAUUUGGAAAGUCAGACUUUGGUUAUAUGUCUCUUCCCUGUGAUUUAAGCACAUUAAAUUCCGUGAGUUAAGGGAUUUUUGGUUUGUGCUGCUUGAAUCAAAGUAUUUUCUGCUUUCUCUCUUUUUUCUUCUCUCUCUCUCUCUCUCUCUCUCUCUCUCUCUCUCUCUCUCUGUCUCUCUCUUAAAGCUGGGAUGUGGUUGGCUUUUCAGCCUAGAAAGCAUGAGGGCACGUGACGCCCAUUUUCUUAUGGUACGAGUUUAGGGCUUAAGUCAGUUUACAAUAGGAUUGAAUUUUGUGUUAAAACCUGAUGGUGGCUUCUUGGAUACCAUCAGCUAGAUGCUUCCAGCCAUGCCUGGCAGGCAGGUAUCAGAUUCAUCAAAGGAGUGUCCAUCCACUAACAUUGUAAUGUCCUCCCGAAUGUAGGUCAACAUCUGAAUUUACCUGUUCAUCCCUCUAUAUAGCAUUCAGGUCUAGCCGUCCGGUUUUGAAUGCCAUGGACAGCACAUAGCAUUAUUUUGUAUUUGUUGGCUUGUACAUUUGUGCUUUUGAGGCAGUCUCCCUAUGUACCCCAGGCUGGUCUUGAAUUUGAGAUCCUCUUGGUUCAACUUUCCAACUGCAGAGAUUACCACUUGUUAUUUUUGUAAUAAAGCACUAGUCUUGUGGUAGUGUUUAGUGGGCUGUAAUGUGACUUUUGUGACCUUUGCUAUGUUAAUAGUGAUAAAAUUGCCAGAUGAUUUGAAGCCUACCUGAACCUAUGAGGUAUAAGUUUUGGGUCUGUGAGGAUCACUAAUGGUAAUAAACUACCUUCUCAAUAUGUGAUUUUGAGUCUAUUCACAGAUACAGCAUUGCCAAAGUGAGUGGCGAUUUUGACAUUAACUGUGCCUCUUCAAUGGCACCGAGAGUGAUGGGGAGGAAGGAGGGUGUUCUUGUUGGGUGCAUAUGGUAAUGAAACAGACUAUAUACUGUGUACCUUCUCUUUACCUCUUACUUGAAAGCGGAAUCGCAAAAUAUCCCAAAUGACUUUUCUUGGUUACACGCGAGCUCACAGGGCACAGGAAGCCUUACUAGAGGCCCACAGUGCAGCCCUUAUAGAUGCAGUCCCUAACAAGACAUGGUUUAUACUACUCUCUAUAAAAGUAUUUGUGGCUAGAAUUUUCUUUUUUUCUUACGUCUUUUUAAAACUUGCCAGGAACUUAGCACAUUAUCUGAUACUGUUGUAAAAAAAAAAAUUUUUUUUUUUGGUCAGUGCUUUGGUUCAAGAGUAGCAGUAAAUUAUUUCUACAGGAGAUCUAAGAGUAGAAGGUAUGGUUUCAUUUUCACCAAACAAAUUGCUUUUCAUUAAGGCUUUUUACUUUUGUAUAUAUUUUGCAAAAGUUUGUUCUCUACUAUUAAUAUUUGCUUUGUAAAAAUUACUGACAUUUAAUAAACAUUUAUAAAUGA